UGACUUUGUUACUUCUACAAAUCCAUACUUUACCCUUCCCCUUCAAUAAUCAUACCUCUUUCACUCUUCCUUCCUUCAUUCCCAUCCAUUCUUGUCUGAUCGUGUCUUCGAUCCUAUUCUCUCCACCGUAUAUCACUCUUUCUGUUUUCCAUCUUCAUUCUCAUUCUCACAUAGAUCAUACAUAUAUACAAAUCACAUCAUGUCAAAAGAAGAACAUCCUUCUGAUGAAAAAUAUCAGGUCGACCAUAUGGAGGAUGUGGCUCACCAUGAGCUGGCUCCAGAACAAGAGGGCUUGAAGCGCGACUUGCGUCUCCGCCACAUGAUCAUGAUUGCUGUCUCUGGAACCAUCGGUACUGGUCUCUUCUUGACUUCCGGAAACACAAUCGCUACUGCUGGGCCCGGAGGAGCCUUGCUCGCCUAUGCUUUGAUCGGUCUUUGGUUGGUUUUUGUAUGCCAAGCUAUCGGUGAGAUCGCCACUCUUCUUCCUCUCCCCGGAGCAUUCAAUGCUUGGGGUGGACGUAUCUUUGACGAGGCUUUGUCAUUUCAGAUGACUUGGAUGUACUUUAUCAACUGGGCUUUGACUAUCCCUGCAGAAUUGGCUGCUGCUGCUGUAAUCGUUGAUUUCUGGUUGCCUGAAGAUUCUACGUUCCCACCUUGGGUUGUGCCCUUGAUCAUCAUUGUCGUCAUGGUCAUCAUCAACGUCACAGGUGUGAAAGCGUACGGUGAAAUUGAGUAUUGGCUCUCGAUCCUCAAAGUCUGCACGAUCAUCAUGUUCAUCGUCUGCGGUAUCUUGGUCAAUACUGGUGCUAUUGGUGGUAAGCACUAUGGUAUGGAUACAUGGCGUGUGGAUGGUGCUCCUUUCAAGGGUGACUUCUUGACUUUCAUCAAGGUCUUGGUCUCUGUUGGUUAUGCUUAUGGUGGUUCCGAGAUGACAGGUGUCACCGCAGCCGAGUCCCGCAACCCCCACAAGCAUGUCCCCAAGGCUGUCAACACUGUCUUGAUUCGCAUCGCCUUCUUUUACAUCAUCUCAGUCUUCCUCUUGGGCUCCAUCAUCGAUAACAAUGAUCCUCAGCUCAUCAACACCACAAAGUCUGCUGCCACAGCUCCUUUCACCAUCGUCUUUGCUAAAGCUGGCAUCAACGUCGCAGCCAAUUAUAUGAACGCUGUCGUCUUCACCUCCAUCUUCUCAGCCAUCAAUUCCGACUUUUAUGUCGCCACUCGCAUGUUGUUGUCUCUCUCCCGUAACGGCUGGGCUCACAAGUCAAUUGGCUACACCAACGGGCGCGGUGUCCCAUUGGUCGCCUUGGCAAUCGUCACUGCCUGCUCCUGCUUAUCCUUGAUCACCAUCUUUGUUGGCUCCGGUGUAGUCUUCCAAUGGUUCGUCUCCAUCAUUGGAUCUAUCAUCUUCCAGUCCUGGUUGCUGAUCUUGAUCCUUCAUUUCCGUUUCCGCUACUGCUGGAAGAAGCAGGGUCGUGCUGUCAGUGAACUGCCUUAUGCCUCUUGGGGAUAUCCUUAUGGUAACAUCUUGGCCACGAUCAUCGGUGCCGGAUGUAUCAUUGCUACCUGCUACCUCUCAGUCCUCAACCCACCUCAAAACCCUGGUGAUGGCGCUACAGAGGAACAGAUGGCUCUUUUCAAGAAAGGCCGUGAUGAAUAUGCUCAGGGUCUCUUGGGCGCUUGGUUCCCAUGGAUCAUGUCUUCAAUCUUGUUCUUGAGCUACAAACUCGUCCACAAGACAAAGAUGGUUAAGCCUGAGGAGGCUGACCUUGAUACUGGUCGCUUCAUCCCCACAGAGGAAGACUUGAAAGACAUGCAGGUCAAGGCUCCUCUCUGGAAGAGGAUUAUCAAGUUUGUGAUUUAGACUAUAUAUCCAUCGUAGAAAAAACUCAUUGUAAUACCUGUAUUUAUUAUCCCCCCAC